CAACUGUGUUACCUUCACUAUAUUAUCUGGCUUGCCAAUGCAUGUUGUCGCUGUUUUUGGCUUACAACAGAUUACAGUGCAAUGGGUAACCAACUGCAAUGCCAAAUAUUUACAGUUACGGCAACUUUGUUUCUUUCAUUUAUAGGCAUUCUUCUGCUCGCCAUCAACACUGAAGAUAUCAAAGAACCAGCACAAUUCAUGUAUGGAAUAGUCUUGGAUGCUGGAUCCUCCCAUACUGCCAUGUACAUCUACAAAUGGCCAGCGGACAAGCACAAUGGAACUGGCAUUGUCAGUCAACAUAGCGAGUGCCAUGUGCAGGGAGGAGGAAUCUCCAAUUAUGCAGGUAACAGAGGAGGAGCGGCCCAUAGCCUUGAGGAAUGUAUGGAACAGGCCAUACAGGACAUUCCAAAGUCUAGACAAGAACUCACCCCUUUGUAUCUUGGGGCUACAGCAGGCAUGAGACUACUCAAUAUUUCUAGACCCAAAGAGUCAGAUGAGAUUUUGAAAGAAGUGGGAGACAAAUUGAAGACCUACCCAUUCAGCUUCAAAGGGGCCACUAUCUUAAGUGGUCAAGAGGAGGGGGCAUAUGGAUGGGUCACAGUCAACUAUCUGCUGGAGAACUAUAUCAAGUAUGGUUUUGUGGGUCAGUGGCUGUCCCCUGGUAAAAAGAUGGUUGGUGCACUAGACUUAGGUGGAGCUUCAACUCAGAUCACCUUUGUGACUAAACAAACAGUGGAGAACAAGGACAGCCUAAUGACACUUCAGUUAUAUGGGCGAGACUAUCAGAUUUAUACUCAGAGUUUUCUGUGCUAUGGAAGAGACCAGGUCUUACUCAGACUACUGGCACAUCUGAUGACGACUCAGGGAUCAGACAGCUCUAUUGUACACCCCUGCUAUCCUGCAGGUUACAAUGACUCCAUAAAACUAGGCAGUGUGUUUGAUACUCCAUGCAUUAAAAGACAAAUGCCCUAUAACUCUGGUGACCUCCUGCAUAUAAAAGGCACUGGAAACUACAAUCAAUGUCUGGGAAACAUUUCUUGUCUUUUCUCUUUUAAUAACUGUUCUUAUUCCAAAUGUUCUUUCGAUGGAAACUUCCAGCCCAACAUUACAGGAAAUUUUAUGGCAUUUUCUGCAUUCUUCUACACUUAUUCCUUCAUUCAGAAAGCUUCAGGCAUCACCAUCUCUUCCCCAGCACAGUUAGAGGAUGCUGUGCGCAAUGUCUGCAACAUGAGCUUUCUGGAGAUAACCAGUAAGUUUCCAGAUGAGAGGAACCAUUUGAAGGACUACUGUGCAGACUCUGUCUUUAUGCAGAUGCUCCUGAUCAGUGGUUAUGGCUUCAAUGAGCUUUCCUUCCCACAGAUCUCCUUUCAGGAAAAAGCUGAAGACACCUCUGUGGGCUGGUCACUUGGCUACAUGUUAAGUCUUAGCAACUUGCUGCCUGCCGAAAAAAUGUCACUCAGAAAAGCACUGCGCCCAGAAGCCUGGCGUGCUGCGAUCUUCCUCUUUUGUGUGUUUCUCAUUGUGGCUAUUUUUUUUCUGCUGCGAACCUACCACAAGAAUAGCACUAAAUUAAAUUGUUCCCCUCUAUCAUUAUGCUAAAUAAUUUGUCUGUCCUUUGCAAGAAUGGUUGGGCUACCUCUUCAGAUAAUCUUUUUACAACAGACUGAAAUCAUGAGAAUGCACCAGAAGUAUGUGUAAAGAUGUACACUUUUGUACUGUCUUUCAAAAAUCAUUUUUGUAUUGUACCAUCUACUGUGUAUGUUUGUAUUGCUUAGAACAUGCCAUGAUUUUAUUAGGCCUGCAUUUGUUACUUUUUUAAAGGAUAAGUUCCUUUCUAAAUGCUUAAUUAUGUUAGAGAUCAUUUGUGUGCCGUGUAAACUCUCAAGGUUAAUGCACUAAAUACUUAUUUGAAAUUUUCAGUUUUAUUCAAGGUGAUUAAAUACAAAGAUUUUUAAUAACUGUCCAAUAAGUGAAAGGAUAGUAUUUGGGGUCAAAUAGAUUUGUUAUGAAGAAUGUUUAAAGUGGGCUCACACUGACUGAUCCAGUCCCAAUGGGGAUUCAUUUGUUUAUAGAAUACUUGAGAUUUUUCAAUUUGUGAUUGAAAUGAACAGGAAAUGGUUAACCAUUUUCUGAAGUAAUUUAAAAUAAGCUUUACCUUAAUUUGUUACUCAAAAAAGCAUCUCAGUGUCUCAAAGUAUUUGUCUAAGAAGUUUACACAUUUUGGACUAUAACUUUUGUUCCUUACAAGAUAUCACUUUAACCCCCCUGGGGGCCUUUUACCCUAAAUGCGGGGGACUUUUACCCCGAGUGUGGCAAAGGAUCCCUC